AUGGUUUUGAGGCCAAUCACCACAACAGCACCGCAAACGCCAAUCACCACAAGCACGCGAAACGUGAGUGUGAGUGAUACUAACUCCACGGCGAUGCCAACCAUGAACUCCACAUCUAAUGGCGAGAAAGUGGUGUCCAAGACGUCGGUCACGUCCGCCAACAGCCAUAAGACCUCCAAAACGAAAGUCUUAGUAAAUGGCGAUAAAUGUGUGAACAGUUUGCCGACAAAUGGUGUGCAGAAGUGCGCGAAGACUUUGACGGCUUUUAAGUGCAGUAAUAAAGUGACGGCGAGUGAGACAAACGGCGAGACAUCGGUGUCCGCGACGGCCAACAAUUGUCACAAUAAUAAUCAUAAGACUAACGACAGACACAAACCAAUGAAUGACCAA